CGGUGUGGACCGAAUCAGGAUGAUGAAUGGAGAAUGUGUGCGUGCUAUGCUAACGCCAGUAAUGGGCUGGAACUGGGACUCAGUGGGAGCUAGCCGGUGCAGGCAGAAGCGAAACUCUUCCGAUACUGGGCUGAAGAGGAGCCGAAGAAAACCAGCCGUCGAAGCUCCACGGUCAGCCAUUUCGUGUUGCGCUAUGCUUGAAGAGCAACAACGUCGGAGUGCUUCUCGUGUGUCUCAACGGUUUUUUUUUGGUACAAGUGGCGUCCGGCCACUGUGCGUAUUUGGCAAUUUGCGAAGAGGAAUGCUCGGAUCUUUGCUGUCACCAUGUGCUGAGGUUUGCCAUUGCUGGCAUUAGGCUAAUUAUUAUCUCUCCAGAGGGCAGCAGCCCUCUUGGUUCGUGAUUACAAGACGGAUUGACACCGUCACACGUAAGUCGUUGCCAUCAAGACAUAGUACUCGUACGAGUCGUACGAUCGUCAGCGGUGAGUGGGCGAAGAGGAGACGCUCCACGAGUGCGGUUGCUGCUUUUGGAGGCCCUUGGCUUGAGCGCAGCAGGCGAGCAGCAUCUGUGCGGAAAUCGUCCCGACCUUACGGCUUAGCCAGAGGACUGGGCCAACCAGCUCUCCUGGUACGCGUUGAAUAGUCACUGGUGACCGUCUUCUGGCCGUCGGGGCUGAUCUUGAUUAUAUUCGCCAAUGUGAGAUCAAGAGGAAGAAAUCAGUCAAUUGACCGUUCAACUCAGCGGGAACACGAGGAUCUGCACCAGCCUCUUUACAGCACCGUGGCAGACAGCUACCAACCCCAGGCUGGUGUCUCUGCGGCCAGCCAAGCACCUGCUAGAAGUAUUGCUGUGAACAGUUAUAAUCAGCAUAAUUGUCUUCCCGCGGCCCACCCAUGGCAAGUGCGGUAACAGAUGAGCUGUGGCGGCAGCGGCCGUCGCAGCAUCUCCAGCAUUCUCCCCAGGAUGCGGAUCAUCAGUGGCUGACGUCCCGCGAGUCUGUCAACACCGUGUUCUUGCCUCGACAACUACCACAGCACGCACCGCAGGUCGGACAGCACAUAGGCGACCUUGGGCAGGACGGUGCACUGAGCGCCUUUGCGGACAUCAACUCCGGAAUCCUGCCAGCGAACACGGUCAACAUGAUCACCGAGUGGAGCACACACUAUAUGCUGGAUACUGUGGGCAUGCAGCACUGCUUCAGUGAGCUCACAGCGCACCAGACUAUUGCCGUGCACUUGGUAGCGCAGAAUGCUGCAAUGACCUUCACACAGAUACCAUCAAUGGCCACAGCGGACGACGGUCGUCAAGACGCUGUCGCCGUUGACGAUGAUGAGAUGGCGGAUAUGAUUAUCGUGCGUGCGUACAACGUGCAGCCGGAACUUCAGACGGUGACCAGCGCUAUCGGUCCGCUUACGGCGACCACGCCGACAAUGUCGGUGAUUGUCAGCAAAGACACCGUCCUGUCCGACACGUUCAUCCAGCAGCUUGUGAGCCUGCAGACGACUGUGUUCGGCGACGCCAUUCCCAAAGUGAAGCGCCGAGGCGCGGCGCUGGAUGAACCGCGCGAUGCAAACUCUCCAAAGUACGUCUUCGAGUGGCUGAUGAGUUUUCUCAGUGCUCUCGGUCACCCCGACAACACCACGGUAGCCAUCGAGAAGAAAGUACGCGAUGCUGUCGUCUUCUCCAAGCACAACCAUAGCAACAAGCUGCCGUGGAGGCGCAAUCCGGCAUGGCUGGCGUUUAAGUUUGUCCUGCAUGCCACUUUGGUGUGUGAUCGUGGCCUGGACGACGGGACUUUACUGUACAAGACGGCCAUGCUGCAGUUCAUGACUGCUUUCCUGUCGGUGACCAAGCACCAGCAAGAUCAUGACUUGCUGCAUCAAAUGCUGGCCAAAGUGAGCGGCCGCACUCAGAAGCUAUCCACCCUGUACGAUCGCACGUGCUCGCCGAAGAUGCGAAGUGUGCUCGGUCAGCAGCUCGAGGCGGUGCUGAAAGAAUCGGCCGAUGCGGUGGUCCGAGUGAAUCAACUGCAAGCACAGUCGUGGGACUUGACUACAGCACGACUCAGCACGGAGAGCAACAGUAAGCAGCACCUGAACACGUCCGUUCCAGCGGUCCACUGUGCUACGGACCGGCGCCUCCAGCUGGCCGCGUCCAAAGACAGGCUGUCGCGUAUGCAAGUAAAGUCACGUACACUGCCUGCUUUGCACACGCCAGUGGCUAAGUCACAGCACGCAACCAGACAAAAGCUGCAGUCUCUUGGCAACGACAGCGCUGGCAGCACUUUCUCACAAGCCGAGCAGUUGAGCGGAGUCCACGACUUUGAGCAGCACGUCCUGCAGCUUUGGCAGGAGCGCCUCAGCCAGCCUGUACCAGCGUGCGCGCAGCUGUGUUCAUGGAUGCAGCAGUACAGCAAGGCAAGCACAAGCGUGGAGAAAUGCAAGGAUCCCAUCGGGAACGGUCGACGGCUGUUAGUCGGAGCCGUACUGGCUGCAUUAUGUGAUGAGCAGGCCACCAAGCGCUAUCCCAUGCUGUUACAUCAUCAGCCACACAUCAAUGUAGACUCACUGAACCAAAUCUUGGCUGUCAACAAGCAAAUGCUGACGGUGGCCACCGAAAUUCAGCAGUACUUUCAGCACCGCUGCAAUGCCGCCACUAAGCCUGGCCCGCUGGAGUGCGGCGUGUCGGCGGGUUCUAUCUCCGUCUGUUAUGCCAGAGGCAGCGCAAGCAUGUGUGCCACCCGUGAUCAGCUUCUGGCUCAAGACGAAGCAGAGAAGGCAAGCCAUCAGCGGCGUGUAAGGGCAACACUGGAAAAUAUGGCGCGUCUGAAGGCCGAGCGGGCACAGAUGGAGCACCAGCUCGGCCGGGUUUCCAAAAAGACAGGCAUAUUCAGACCAGACCUGCACAAGUUUCACUGUAGCGCCUGCGACAAAGACAAGGAGAUAGACCGGCAGAAGGAGCGUGUCUUUGAAGCUAAACUGCCGAGCGAUCCCGACGAACAGCUUGCUGUCAUAUUUGAAGCGCAAGUUCCGGACAGCCUUGGAGAGUGGCGGGAUACGGUCUUCCACUACAACUCUUCAUUUCUCAAGGCCAUUGGUGGCAGUUCGUACUACUGCUAUUCAACGAAGGAUCCCAAGCUCUGGCGCAAUGAUAUUCAACUCGGCUACGGUAGCAAGGCGGUUGUAGCGCUAGGCAGCACAUCAUCACGAGUAUCCACGAAUCACUAUUCCUAUAUCGAAGUCAGCUACCACACGCGUAUACAAGACUACAUCAAGCCGUGCCAGCUCAACUGCAAGAUGUUUGCCAACGGUAAAGUCUUGGGCAAGCUAGAAGGCGCUGACAUGCAGCAACAUCGGCAACAAUGCUCAUUCAAACUGAGCAACAGCACUCUCCAAGGUUUUCUCCCAGCCUGUGAUCAUCACCAGAGUGAAGUCAUUGCACAGCAAUCCGCUUGCCCAAAGUCCUUCAGCCUGCAGGAGUUCAUUGCGUUUGGCAGUCUGCGCGCCGGCGAGCGGCUGCAGUGGUUUAACAUCCUGCGCGGCGUUCACCAACGUACGCUGCAACUUCACCAGCCAGAGACAGUGCAGUUGAUAUGCCAAGCUGCCUGGCAGGCGGGAAAGAGCGAUAACUCGGUUUGCGCAGCAGCCGACGGCACCGCUGCUCUGCGAAGCGCACACCAGCCGUGCACCGACCCGGCCUUUGUCUCGUCGCUCACUUCACAGCUAAGUGACACGAUCAACACACUGCAGCAGAACUGGCAACACCACUGGGCACUCUGCAGUAUUGUGGUCCUGGCGAACCGACUCUACGACGUCUAUUCGCAGCAGGAAGAUCACAGCACGUCGAUAGUGGCCGAUGUGAGGAGACUGCUGCAGUUCUGCCGCAAUGUGGCUAGCAGCUGGCUGAAGAAGAUCAACAUUCUCAUGCAGCAGAGCACGCACGCCUAUGCUGUUCAAGACCUGCAGAAAUCAGCGGCGUGCAUUGCCACGUUUGGCAUUCUGUCGUUCAGCCAUAGCGCUGUGCUGAUCGAGCCGAAACGAAGACAGGGCCGCACUCUGCAGCUGUGGAUGAGGUUUGUCACCGAACUGAAAAACAACACUCAGGGUACUAAAAAGAGCACCCUGCCCAGCUUCCUUGAGCACCUGCGCAACCUUGCAGUGCGCGUUACCAUUGACAGGCAUGCGGAUCUUGUACACCUGAUUGAGAAUGGCUUCGAGGACAUCGACGGCCGUCGCACGCACCAUGAGCUGGAGUCCUACAUGAACGAAUUCUACACCAAGGGCAAGUGUCGCAACUGCAAGUUCUACUCCGACAACAAGCUCUGGGUGGAGGUGGAGUGGGAGAAUAGCAGUGGUAAGCAGAUGGUCGAAGUGGACUUGCGGCAAGGCCAGUUCUGCAUCAACGGCCUGCCGCAGUCACGACUCACCGACGAUGUCAUCACAGACGACCUCUACAAGGAGCACUUUGGCGGCGCAGUGUUCAUGGUCAAGCCGUGCCGUAGUCCACAUCACGAGGUGGCGCACGUCACGGAGCAAUGGAACGACGGCAGCCGCUUUGUGUUCAGUGCCUGUAAGAAGGGUGCCCCGAGCGAGCACGUCAAGAUCUACGAGCUUCAAGACGGGAAGGAGCUGGUACUCAUACCCAAAGAGUGGUUCACGUCCGUGCUAGGCCACCACGACAUUCCACUAACCUUGCUCCGCGACUACAGCCUCUGGAUGGAGAUCACGUCCGGAAUUGUCUACUUUCGAUCGCAGUCUAUCAACGAGCCUGGCUUUCACGACCUGCAGAACAGUGCCUUCACGCUGGACAGUAGAAGCGGUGUUCUACGAGCAACGUCCAAAGCUCCGGCUGGUAUUGGCAAACAGGCUGUUCUGCUUUCCCAGACCUCACCCGUCGGCGCCAUGGCCAUCAAGAUCACGAGCGUCCUGGAGCAGAAGCAGUACACAGAGGUUUGGCAGAAUGCAGAUGGCAGUCUUCUGGUGCGGCUGCCCCGAUUCGGCUUGUCCUUCUUCGCCAACAGCGGCGAUUGUGCAUUUCAAAGCAGCGACCACAAGGGUUGGUUUGUGGACAGCAACCAGUACCUGGGUACUAUGCUUGGAUUGUCCUCGUACCUCAAGCUGGUAAAAAAUCGUGGCGAUGCCCUCCUGCAGCAAAGCUGCAUUCUUGUCCCCCAUGCUAAAAUCAAGUUUGCAGCAAUGCCAAGUCGAGCGUCAGACACCACCUCCAUCAAGCACCACACUGUUGCCGUGGACACGACGGAGCUGAACGAACCGCCGUUCUUCCGGUACGAGCUGAACACCACCCUUAAGCAGCUGACUGGUCCAUUCAACCGCACGGCGUGGGUCUACCUGGCCGCGCUGCAUGCGUUCACGUCGUCAACGUUCCCCGACCCGUUCACAUGUCUGACCGGUAUGGAGACGGCCGUUGAGAUCCUGCAGUCAUCCCGCUGCUGGGCCGGACUGCCUCUGGAACAGUCUUCCAUCGACAUUCUGCAGUCAAUGGCGGACACACUGUCGCCAAAGCGUUCCAAGUACCCUAGCAAGAGCAAGCCACUCAUGGAUAUCAUCGACUGGCCUGAACACAUCUCACCACUGUGCGCGUCCGACGCCUACGCCAUCCUUGCACAGAAGCUGAUUGAGCACAACGGAAAGUUACACUAUCUCCAUGGCAACGCCGAGAGUGCAGCUAGCGCGGCUAAGCCUGAUGCCGAGGCCAGUAUGAACACACGAUUAGCGUUGCUUUCAAUGUCAUCAAAGAAGAAGAAGGAGCAGCGGCCGAGUGCCGAAUGCGAUGAUAUCAAGCCGACUGAAGUUGCUUAUCUAAAGAGUAUGCACUGCUACCCACUGCUGGCAUGCCUUCACGCCCGCCAUGCCCCACGCUGGGCAGCAUACUCCGCCGCUUUUUCUGCCGAGCCAACCCCCUCCACCAGAGUCAAAUGCAUCACGCAAGCGGUCGUUCAGCAAACAGCUCGUCUCCACACGUACAGCGUUACUGACAUUGAGAAAGCACUGCUCGCAGCACCAGACGACGCCGGGGACCGUUCCGAAGAUGGAGCGGUGUUCAUCACCACCAUUACCCAGGAGGAAUUGAAGAACUGCUCUCUAUGGAUAUCUGUUAAAUUUCCUACACACUUCUUUGCCUUGCAGAAGUAUGUGAGCAAGUAUGGCAGGUCAAGGCCGCUGCACACGUCCCUGCUGCUCUCGUUCCUGGCAUUCCAGAUGGAGAGUGGAGGAAAGGUGCAGCCAAGUGACCCGUACAGACGUUUGUAUUCCACCCUUGACGAAUCGCACAAUGCAAGUGAGGUGCUCACCAAUGUUCUAAUAGCUAUGGCUAACAGCUCUGCAGAUGUACUGCCACCAGCCUGCGUAUGCUACCCGCGACGCAGAUCAAGCAUGAAGGACCAGAAGGCCUCGGGACUGACUAACAGCUUCUCGGAGUCGAAGAGUGCCUAUUUGCUACGUCAUGGCGUGAGUGCAACACCACCGCGCUCUUCUUCAUACUAUUACCUCAGCCACGAGAGCGAUUCGGAUCGCAAAGAGCGGGAGGAAUGGGAGGAGAAGCGUAGCCUCAAGACUGCACAGUACGAGGCAGAGCAGAAACAGAUCCUGCGGGCCAUCGAGAAAGAUAUCGCCUCUGCUCACAGCUUGUUGUCGUCACCAAAUGGAGCUUUGCUUUCCCACGGCUACGGCACAACUGCGUCGUCAGUUCCUGCUUUGCCAUUCACACCCAUCCGCGUGCAGUCCUUUCAGCAUGCCGAUUACAAGAGUCAAAUGACUAGCCUGCUUCAAGAGAUCAACAAAUCACAGAUCCUUCUCAGCUACGCAGCAAGGCUCAGCGUUGCACUGGGCGAGCUUGACGAUCUGGAUGCCACACUUCCGACCCAUGUGCUUCUGGCAGCUGCAUUUCAACUCGCUGAUCGGUAUGUGGAGCAAGCUUGUCUGGAGUACGACUAUGCACACGGCGCAGAACCAAUCUCCAAGGUCAUGCUCAAGUUCUGGGACAAAACGGAGGCAAAGUCGAAAACCGGCAAAGCCGUACCCGAAGACCGGCAGCAGCCAGUGGAACGAUUGGACCCACUCCUCGAACCGCUACGGCAUAACUCCUCGUCUGAUCCCAUUGUUCGGGAUUUUGCCCAGAACCUAGAGGACAGCUGCAAGGCCCUGUCAGACGUGCCUGACACGACAAGCCUUCAGCAAGUCGACCAUGAGUCGGCUAAAGUCCACUGCCUGCGCAGCUAUCACCAGCUGCAUGCCCAGGCGGACAAGUCCUGGCAGUGCUUAGCGCAGUCACUGGACCGGUCCUGCAGCAGACGGCCAGGCUACAGGGCUCUGCGUGCCUGUGGCCUGCUGAGGCGCUGCCAUCCACUAACCGUCUUCCCCAGCAUCUCCAGGUCAGUGAACAAAUCUAAAGCCACUGGUGAACGGCUUGUUGACGAGAGCUUCCCGGAGAAGCUAAUCAGCUUCGUGGGAGGAUUAAUCAGCUGCCAGGUCAUGGUGCAGCAUCAUAUUCGACGGCUACGCUACCUGCAAGAGAAGCAGGACGAUUGGUACCUGAAGGAAUCCAGAAACGUUCCGCACAGGGCGUGGACACCCAGAGAGCACCCGGAGUGGUUGCUGUUCGAGUUGGAGAACGACUUGUGCAUCUGGCCACGGCAGGUGGACGUCGCCAGGCAAAUGAUGGAACCGGCGGAUGAAGAACACGCCGUGAUGCAGUUGAACAUGGGUGAGGGAAAAACAAGCGUCAUCAUGCCUAUCAUAGCAGCGGAACUUGCCGACGGCGAUGCCCUGGUGCGGCUUAUUGUCCUGACCUCGCUGCUAAAUACUAACUGCAAUCAGCUGAUCUUCAAGCUCGGUGGUCUGCUGAAUCGGCGCGUACUCACGCUGCCAUUCCGCCGGGACAUCCGCUUGACGUCGUGCCAAGUGUCCACCAUACUGGAGUGUGUGGAAGACUGCCGGUGCGACCAAGGCGUGAUUGUGACCGUCCGUGAGCACCUGCUCUCCAAGCAGCUCAAGUUCUACGAGUCGUGCUGCAAACAGGACACCAGCCUGUCCAAGGAGCUGGCAAAGCUUGCCUUGACGUUCAACACUUACGCCAGGGACAUUAUCGACGAGGCGGAUGAAGUGCUACAUCAUCGCUUUCAGCUGGUGUACCCCAUGGGCAAUCGACAAGACCCGGAUGGGAAUGACGUGCGCUGGCUGAUCUCUCAGAUUGUGCUCGAAUGUGUGAAGGAUCUUGCCGGCGAGUUUGCCGAGCGUUUCGAGUCGUCAGUUAACUACACAUUCACAGCUCAGCAAACAUUCCCGUUCUUGCGCAUUCUGGACUCGGCCAGGCGAGACGAAGCGUAUGCCUGGCUGUCUAACCAUGUAGCUGACAAGGUUCUAGCCGGGCAUGGACGCCGUGGCGUGUCCGUCGAUUCCGAAGUGAUGGACGUCAUCUCGGAGCUGGACGCGGAUGAGCGUGCCUGGCUGAAGGACUUUGUGCUGCGCAAGGACGUGACCGCUGUGCACAUCACACGGUUUAAUGAGAAGAUUCCCAAGCAGAUUCACAAGGCCAUGCUGUGUCUGAAAGGUCUGCUGGCGCAUGAGAUCCUGUUGCUAGCACUGCAGAAACGCUAUCGCGUAGAGUAUGGCCUACUAGCCACUACAGCCGGCUACAAGGAGAGAACCACCAAGGCUGGUAGCAACCGGACAAUCCAAAUGGCUGUGCCGUUUCGCGCCAAAGAUGUGGCCGCUGAAAGAACGGAGUUUGGCCACACGGACGUGGCCAUCAUGCUGACAUUGUUGUGUUACUACCAGCAUGGUCUCACUCACUCUCAGAUCGACAAUGUCUUUGAGAAGCUGGAACGCAAGGACAAGUCAUCCCAGAACAGCAUCUAUGCAUCGUGGGUGAUGAUGGCCGGAAGGGGCAGGCUGGACGCCAGCAUCACACAGCUGACGGGCAUCAAUCGCAAGGACAAGGCCAUGAUGACAGAGCUGGUGUACCCGUUCCUGCAGAACCACACGGCCGCUGUCAAUUUCUUCCUCAACCACUUCAUCUUCCCUCACCAGGCCAAGGAGUUUCCGGAGAAGCUCGUCGGCAAUGCCUGGUCCAUGACACCGUCCAAUCGCGGCAAGCCUGUCACCGGGUUUAGUGGGACCAAUGAUACACGCCAUCUGCUGCCCGGUUCCGUGUUGCAGCGCGACCUGCCAUCGUUGCAGCACACCAACGCCCACGUCUGCAAGCUGGUGCUAGAUCAAGUGAAUGACGUGUACUCUGCUGACCUGCCCUCGCAAUGCCAGGGAGUGCAGUUGCUGGAGAUUCUUCCCGGUCCGCGCACAGCAGUACAGGAAAGUGCCACCGCCGUCAAUAUGACAGUCAACACUCUAAUCGAUGUGGGUGCAGUCAUUCUGGACCUAACCAACGAGCAAGUAGCGAGAACAUGGCUGGACCUGCGUCCAGACAAGCACGCUAUUGUCUACUUUGACGACAAGAAUCAGCUGCGGGUGGUCGACCAGCAGAGCAAAGUGCCGUGCAAACUGGAGCUGAGCCCAUACGCCAGUGACCUGAGCGAGUGUUUGGUGUACCUGGAUCACUCGCACACGCGCGGCACCGACUUGAGAAUGAGCAUGGGGACCAGGGCGGCGGUGACACUUGGCAAGGGACUGCGGCGUGACGAGAUGGUGCAGGCGUGUAUGAGAAUGAGACGUCUUGGCGCCGGACACACGCUCAGCUUCUGGGCACCACCGGAGAUUGACCGGCUGAUCCGAGAGCGCUGCCGGCUCGCACCCGACGAUCCCGUGCACCACUAUCAUGUGCUCCUGUGGUGUUUCUACAACAGCAUCGACGCCACCAAGGCUGGCUUUCUGAGCUGGGCUAUGCAGGGACUGGCCUUUCUGCACACCGACGGCGCUAUGGGCAGAGCCACGGACCAAGGCAAGCGGCUUGACUCCAGCUUGGCUAUAGACGUCCUGGGCAAGAUGUGCUGCCUGCCGGACUGCAUGCAGUUAACGGACAUGUACGGCAAGCCACGCGAGAAACAGUUCAUAGCCGACAUUAUCGCUGCCAGGGGCGGACUUGCGGCAUGCGGCAUCGAACAGCUGGUCGUUACCUGCCGGCAGUUUGUGCCUGAGGUUGAACGCUAUGCCCAGAAACUUGACGAGGAACAGGAACGGGAGCUGGAACAAGAAGUCGAAGAAGAGAAAGAGCAGGAAAAACUGCCCAAAAGCAGCCAUGUGAAGGAGACUUGUCCACAGUACCUCGUCAAUCUUGCAGGUAGUGGAGAUGCAUCUAUCGUUGCCGACAGGGAUACAUGCAAUGCCGUGCCGAUAUGGGAAUGCUUGGAGAAGACCAGUCUGUUUGUGGAUCAUGCUGAUCUGAUUGGCAGUGACGGAUGGAGUCGCACUAGCCUGCUGGCCACCCAGUCCUUUGCUAACACCAUCUUACCGCACACGCUCAGGGCGUCCUCUUCAACAAUCUCUUCCCAUCGUUACCAUGUCUCAUCACUGUCAGCAUACAGCAGUGCAAGUGCUUAUAGUAGCAGACCACUUCGGGACUACUUGCGUGAUUAUGACGAUGACGAUGACGAUUACUAUGGGCACCGCGACUAUGACUACUUGGACGACGACGACGAGGAUUAUUACUAUCGACAGAUAGCCCUGAGGGAGGAAAGGGCUCGUCAACAGCGACAACAGAAGCAACUGCAGGAACGUCGCCGCCAGGAAGCAGAGAGACAAGCUGAAGUCCAGCGCAAGCUGAGCUUCAUCGACCGUUUUUUGCGGCCCGUGGAAUGGCUGCUACUGGUGCGCAAAUCCGAUUCGGACGAGCCAUGCCUCCUGCUGGCAAUCAGCCCCUUUGAAGCAAAUCAUCUGUUGUCAUGUCGACCACUGCAUUCACGCGUAUCCUUGUUGCCGUACGCCACUCCAGUGCAUCCGGAUCAGGGUAUCGUGGCAGAUUGGCCCAUGACAGCUGCUGGCAAUCAGCUGGGCAGCCUGUGCAAGUCCCCCGCUGCCAUGCAGGUAUUGUUUGCUGAACUACUGUGCUUUACGAGUGGCCUGUUCUUUGGCGGUGCGGACAACGAAAUGCACGCAACAAUGGCGUCCAUGCGCCACCUGCUCGAGUUGGAGCCGGAGCCAAGGCAUGGUGAUGAUGCCGCGCAGGACGAACAGUUGCAAGGAGCAGCAUUGAGUUUGAACGCCAACCCCGUCGGAUGGCGGCAUGCUUCAGAGAGCAAGAAGAAGACGACGAAGAUGGCGACGACGAGCAGGCGUUUCCCGCGAGACCCGCUGCGCUUGCUGCGCGCCCUGCUGAAAAUUCUGCGCUCCAGUGACAGCAUCGAUGCUAGCGACAUGGGUACGCUGGUCUUGCAGCACAGCUGGCCCAAGCUGAGGUAUGGAGACAUUGGCUAUACGGCACAUGCCCAGUGAAGAGGAACGGCCCCAUGAUGGUGAGUGUAUAUUAAGACAUUUCAAUCAAACAAUAAUGCCACCGCAUACACACACACACACACACACACACACACACACACACACACAUGCAUUUUUCGUCUCAACUUGGCUACUGGUUCCGACAACUGACUCCGCUAUCUGACACGUCAACUGGCAGUCCUCUAGUUAACGGUUACAAAAUAUUGCAACACUUCCCCCUUCCCCCUCCCCUUCCCCGGUCUGGCGUCUGUACACUUCUAAAUACUAAAUGCCUUCAUAGUCACCUCACGUGCUAUAGUACCGAGUACCAGUGCGAUCCAUCUGAUUUUCCAGUAUAGGUUUGUCCGGCUCCACAAAUAAUGGCUGGCCGCACUCGGUAAGGCCGCGGUCACAGAGGAACCAGGCCUCAAUGCAAUAGAUGAGCGGCCAAGUUUGUAGCUGUUCUCUUGCAUUACACUUCCUUCCAUCGUCUUACUACUUUGUGUGCUGUUUGCUCUCGUGGCAGUUCUGAGUUUUCACAGUCCUCCGUCCAGUCUCCUUUUUUAUUUUAUUUUUUUACACUUUUUGAUUUAUUAUGUAGUCUCUCAGAAGCUAUCCCCCGUCCUUCUGUUUCUCCCUCCUGUCUAUACCACACAUGCACGGUAUCAAUAGAUAGUGUAAGCAGGCAUCAAGAUAGUUCGAAUCACUCGCUCCGCAGAUUUGCCUUGUUCAACCAUUUCCAUCCAUUUUUCAUCAUGGCCUUCAAGUUGUUCUACUCUAAUUUCUAAAAGACUAUGCCCGAUUUUACCAUGGCAUGUAGGUCAGUACGGCCGGCCAGUAGCAUUGCUUUCUCCGUUACUCUACACAUCUAGUCUACCAUGGUCUACUAGUAGUGCAAUCAUACAGCAUCAAGUUGUAUGUGUGCACAGCUGUAGCCAUCAUAAUACCGGUAUGCACGCCGCAUUUCUGGACUGGCAUUUUCAGAAGUUUUCACAAUGAUCACUGACUUCCAAAUUAGUCCUUUCCAUUUUUAGCGCUUUCACUUCAUCAUAAAUUUUCUGUCCUUUUCAGUUUAGGCACCAUGCUAGUCACAUACCAGUACAUAAUCUGCUUCUCAGUCCGGCUAGCUUCUUGGCUGCUCCCCCUGCUCAUGAUUGAUGAUACAGAAUACUGGCAGACAGUCUUUGGUCUUUUCUGAAUGCGAUAACGUAUCACCUGUACA